CCAAGUGCUACCUCCUGGAGCAUCUCUCGGAAGUGGACUCACAGCAGAAGCAGCAAGAGAGCUCGGCCUUCCCGUUGGCAUUGCAGUGGCAGCCUCGCUCAUUGAUGCCCAUGCAGGAGGUCUAGGAGUGAUUGGAGCAGACGUGAGGGGUCAUGGCCUCAGCUGUGAAGGACAGCCACUGACAUCACGGCUAGCUGUCAUCUGUGGAACAUCCUCGUGUCACAUGGGGAUCAGCAAGGACCCAAUUUUUGUACCAGGUGUAUGGGGGCCUUAUUUCUCAGCCAUGGUCCCUGGGUUCUGGCUGAAUGAAGGUGGUCAGAGCGUCACUGGAAAAUUGAUAGACCACGUGGUACAGGGGCACACUGCCUUCCCUGAACUACAAACCAAGGCUGCUGCCAGAUGCCAGAGUGUAUAUGCAUAUUUGAACAGUCACCUGAAUCUGAUUAAGAAGGCUCGGCCUUUGGGUUACCUGACUGUUGACUUACAUGUUUGGCCAGAUUUCCAUGGCAACCGGUCUCCCUUAGCAGAUCUGACACUAAAGGGCAUGGUCACUGGAUUGACACUGUCUCAGGACCUUGAUGAUCUUGCCAUCCUCUACUUGGCCACGGUUCAAGCCAUUGCCUUUGGGACCCGCUUCAUCAUAGAGGUCAUGGAAGCAGCAGGGCACUCUAUCAGUACUCUUUUCUUGUGUGGCGGCCUGAGCAAGAAUCCCCUUUUUGUCCAGAUGCAUGCAGAUAUUACUGGCAUGCCUGUGGUGCUGUCACAGGAAGUGGAGUCUGUUCUUGUGGGCGCUGCUAUUCUGGGUGCCUGUGCCUCGGGGGACUUCGCCUCUGUACAGGAGGCAAUGACAAGAAUGAGUAAAGUUGGGAAGGUUGUGUUCCCAAGACAUGAAGAUAAAAAAUACUAUGACAAGAAAUAUCGAGUAUUCCGGAAGCUGGUUGAACAUCAGAAAGAAUAUUCAGGGAUCAUGAAUGGGGACUGAAGAAGGUUUACAGUGCUGACACUGAAGAUUCUGUAAUAUAAUUUCUUUGUUUCUUUUUCUUUCUUUUCUUUCUUUUUUCUUUUUUCUUUUUUUUUUUUUUUUUUUGUACCGGGAUCAAACUCAGGACCU